UUAAACCUUGAACUGAGAGAGGUGGGGAGUGUUUUGAGGAAGAAUGAGUGCAAUCUUAUCCUUGACUACAACCACAAUCCACUUCAAAGUGAUUAAAAAUUCAACCAAAACCCUACUUCCAUCACAGUUAACCUCUCGAAUCACUAUACCUAAUAGCCAUCAACACUCUGCUCCCUUGUUCGUCCCAGAGGUUGAAAGUGCAGUGGAUACGUUGUAUCCGGAAUUCAGGGCCAUUGAUAAUCUUGUGGCACGCAAUACAUCUAGAGUUCUCAAAGCUUUUCAGAAUGCUAGAGUUGGAUCUCAUCACUUUGGUGGUUGCACUGGCUAUGGACAUGAAGAAGCCGGGGGUCGAGAAGCCCUUGAUCAAGCUUUUGCAGAAAUCUUUGGUGCCGAAUCUGCAAUUGUUCGCGCGCAGGUUUUAUCAUUUUUAGUAACUCAUCUGUUUUUUUAUUACCAUUUUUUGUGCAAAUUCAAUAUACUCAACACGCUUUUAAUUCAGUUCUUCUCAGGAACUCAUGCUAUUACCUGUGCCCUUUUUGCUUUCUUGAGGCCAGGUGAUGAGCUUUUGGCGGUUGCUGGUGCUCCGUACGAUACAUUGGAGGAAGUUAUAGGAAUCAGAGAUAGCAAUGGAUUAGGUUCGUUAAAAGAUUUUGGAAUCAGUUAUCGAGAAGUUGCACUUGCAGAUGAUGGAGGGCUUGAUUGGGACGCUCUUGAGGUUGCUUUAAAACCUCAAACAAAAUGCGCUCUUAUUCAAAGAUCAUGCGGGUAUUCUUGGCGUAAAAGUUUAAGCGUGAACGAAAUUUCUAGAGCAAUACACAUCAUCAAGUCGCAAAAUCCAAAUUGUAUGGUUAUGGUGGAUAAUUGCUAUGGUGAAUUCACAGAAGCCAUCGAACCUCCAAUGGUGGGUGCAGAUCUUAUUGCAGGAAGUUUAAUUAAAAAUCCCGGUGGAACAAUCGCGCCAUGUGGCGGAUACGUGGCGGGGAAAGAAAAAUGGGUUAAAGCAGCGGCAGCCCGUCUCUCUGCACCAGGUCUCGGUGUUGACUGUGGGUCAACUCCUGGUGAUAUUAUGAGAACGUUCUUUCAAGGAUUAUAUCUCUCACCUCAAAUGGUUGGGGAAUCCGUUAAGGGGGGUUUACUUAUUGCUGAAGUUAUGUCCACAAAAGGUUACAAAGUCCAGCCACUUCCUCGAGUACCGCGUCACGACAUAGUACAGGCUGUACAACUUGGAAGCCGAGAGAAGCUUCUUGCUUUCUGUGAGGCUGUACAAAGAAGCUCACCUGUAAGCUCGUAUACAAAACCGAUUGCAGGUUUGACAGCUGGCUAUGCAUCAGAGGUGAUCUUUGCAGACGGGACGUUCAUAGAUGGUAGCACGAGUGAGCUCUCGUGUGACGGACCGUUAAGGGAGCCUUUCUGUGUGUUCUGUCAGGGUGGCACUCAUUGGACUCAAUGGGGGCUAGUUCUGGGUGAGGUUUUAAAUUCUUUGUAGAGAUCAUAUAAAGAAGGAGGCCAAAAUGACUUAGAAAUUGCUAUGAAUGUUGAUUUUCCAUAUUCGACGUAGGCUACAAUCUCGACGUACGUUACAAUCUAAACUUUAUAUGUAGGAAAAUAUAGAUUGAAUAAGACAGAGGAAAAAGAGAUCAAGUGUUCAUAUACUUAUUCUCUAGUUUUGUUCUGGUUGUAGCACUUCGAUUUGAUUUUUUUGAAAUUAAGAAUAUGUGUUGAUCAUUGUUUAGCUACAAUUUUCUGGUUAAAAACAGCAUGAAAAGCUAAAGUUUUGUGA